UUCAUUCUCUACCAUUGAAAGCUCGCCUUUUGUCGCUAAUCUCUGAUAUUCGCGUUCUUUACUAUUUGAAAAUCGACACUACAGCUUAUAUAAAUAAUAGAUAAUAAAACAUAGAACUAUAGGAGUCUGCUUUACAUAUAUAGGCCUAUUUUUCGUGAAAUAACCAAAUUAUAUCCAACUGCGACACAAUCCUAAUCGUAAAGACUGCGGGUUUUUUUUUCUUGCUUCUUUAUUUUUCUUUAGUAUCUUUAUAUAAAGAAAAUAAGGCAACAUGAAAACCAAUUUCAUAAACGGGGUUUCGUCUUCCCCUUCCAUGUCCCUCGGCCUCCUGGUGACUGAGAACGCCCUGCACGUCCAGCCGGACACCCAGGAGGACUGCAAGGAUGUGGUCCGCCCAGACCAGCCGGACCUGGAGACCAGACGCAAGGCUUUUCUGUGGUGCAGAGAGUUCCUGCACGGAGCCUGGAAAACACUGAGCCAGGAGGACUUCCACAUCACCAUCAUAAGGGGUGGCCUGAGCAACAAGCUCUUUCUGUGCAGCCUCCCCGACGGCCUGGGAACGGCCGGGGACGAGCCCAGGAGCGUCCUGCUGCGCCUCUAUGGGGCCAUCCUGCAGAUGUCCUGUAAUAAAGGGGACUCCCGACAGUCAAACAAAGAGAAUGACUUCCAAGGGGCAGAGGCCAUGGUCCUGGAGAGUGUGAUGUUUGCCAUCCUGGCUGAGAGGGAGCUGGGGCCUAAACUCUAUGGCAUUUUUCCUCAAGGUCGCCUGGAGCAGUACGUUCCUAGCCGUAAACUGGACACCAGUGAGUUAAGCGACCCAAGCAUCUCUGCCGAGGUAGCACAGAAGAUGGCCAAGUUUCAUGGGAUGAGGAUGCCCUUCAACAAGGAGCCCAAGUGGCUCUUUGGGACCAUGGAGAAGUACCUUAGCCAAGUCAUGAAACUGAACUUUACCAGAGAGUCCCAUCUCCGCCGCUUCAACCGCUUGCUGGCCUACAACCUGCCACAGGAGAUGGAAAUGCUAAAGUUGCUACUGGAGUCCACCCACUCCCCUGUCGUGUUCUGCCACAAUGACUGCCAAGAAGGGAACAUUCUGCUGCUGAAGGGCCGCCACAGCUCAGACAAACAGAAGCUGAUGCUCAUCGACUUUGAAUACAGCAGUUACAACUACAGAGGCUUUGAUAUCGGCAACCAUUUCUGUGAAUGGAUGUACGACUACAACUGUGAAGAGUUUCCUUUCUUCAAAGUCGAUGCUCAGAACUACCCUUCAAAAGCCCAGCAGCUUCACUUCAUUGAGAGCUACCUACGAGAGUCUGACCAGGGCUUCGCCAACCUGAGCCAAGAGCACCAGAUGAAGCUGAAAGAGGAGCUGUAUGUGGAGGUCAACAGGUUCUCACUUGCAUCUCACUUAUUUUGGGGCUUGUGGUCCAUCAUCCAAGCAAGACUGUCAACCAUCGAGUUUGGAUACCUGGAGUACGCUGAGGCCAGGUUUGAUGCCUACUUCCAGCAGAAGAGGAUCUGGGCCGCCUAAUGCAGCAGGACAACUGUGGGGUUUGCCAGCACUUAGAGCUUAAAUGUCAGCAAGAGGACACGAAGGCUGAAAACGUUUCAAAGAUCCAUGCUUUACUCUCACUCCCUUGCUUUAAAGGGGAAUUUGCUGCCUCCUGUUGUUUUUUUGUUGACCAAAGCCAAAACUUCAAUCCUAUGGCUUGGCUCUCGAUGGAAAACUCGCAAUCAGUCGCAGCUCAGAGUUUACAACGUAGCUACUCCAAGGCCAACUGAAAAAGGAAAGAAGACGUUGACUUUUACUAACCGCCAUUACCGCUCAGAUGUCCUCUCUGCUUCAGCUGGACCACAUCGCUAUAGCAUGACGGAUUUGAGUAGAUGAAUGGCAGAUUUCGGUUUGCUGCUAGAGCGGUAAUGUUAACAUUGCAUCAAUGUAUUUGUAUAGAUCAUUCCCUGAAGGAGAUGCUCUAUGGGAAAGAACCAAAAUGCAGACUACUCUGCAUAGAUUUGCUCACUGAGUCAGACAGUUUCUAACUAUGUAUAUUCUAAUAUAUUAUGUAGAUUUCAAUGUGCCAGUAGAAUGUUACUGAUGGAUUGAGUGGGCAAGCGGAAUGCUGAACUGAGUUAUAGGUCGCAUUUUCUUGUACACACCUGCUGUUUGAAUGAUAUUCUUCUUUUAUCUGGGUGUGUUUGCCAUUGCAGACCAUAACUGUUUUAAAGAUGUGAUUAAUUUCCACCAAAUCAUAUUCAAAUACAUCAUAUCGUCAGGUAUGUCGGCUAUGCUUAUACCUGAGUCUUUGUGACACCUUUGCUAAUCGUACUCAGAACUUAGCUUUAUAUAAAACAGAGGUAUGGGAGUAUUGAAAGUGUUUGAUCGGAUAAGGUGACCACUAGAGACAGAUUUCUGUACAGUUUACAGAGCAAAGUACCUCAGCAUGUUUUUAUGAACGUUGCUGCUAAACUCCACGUUGACAAUUUUAUACUAAGGACAAUUUUUAGAUUGUGCACACAGCAUUGGUUCUUGAUUUUGAUGACAGAUUCUUCGGUGAUUGGUUGCUCGUGUGUUGGCAAAAGUGCCUGCUACCUUGCUGCCUCCUCAUUGUACUCUUCAUUUAGUAUAAUGACAUGGGUGGUCGAGGCAUUGAAGCAAAUUUGUUUUGCACGAAUCACUAUUACAAAAGCUGUAAAAAAAAAUGACUGUA